GUGUGUUUCCCCUCCCUCCCUUCCUCCCUCACCUCCUCCUCCUCCUCCCACCAGAGCGUUGAGGCAGUGAUUGCAGCGCCGAGAGGAUGGGCAGCAAACACAGCUGCUGUGUGUACCCGGGAGGCCGAGGCUCCGGCCGCUCCGCCUCCAGCCAGAAGGGAGGAGGAGGGGCCGGGGUAGAGACACAGCCGGAGGACGCCUCGGAGGACCACACCUGUAACCUGCAGCACAUCAGUGAAAGGGAGCCGGACGACCUGGACCAAGACCCCAGCCUGCACCCUUCCGCCGGGCCGCUCUUCCUCAUCAAGUCCAAACACGUCAUAGAGAACGGGCUUGUCAGAAGAAGGAGUAGAAGUCAUCUGGAUGACGGCCGCACCCUCAAGAAGUCCUCGUCCUGCUCCACCAUCUACCUGGACGACUCGACGGUCUCGCAGCCGAACCUCAAGAACACCAUCAAGUGCGUCGCCCUGGCCAUCUACUACCACAUACGGAACCGCACCGACAACCGGCUCCUCGACAUCUUCGACGAGAAGCUACACCCACUCACGAAGGAAGCCGUGCCGAUGGACUAUGAUCGUCACAACCCUGAGCACCGGCACAUCUAUAAGUUCGUGCGCACGCUGUUCAACGCGGCGCAGCUCACGGCAGAGUGCGCCAUCAUCACCCUUGUCUACCUGGAGAGGCUGUUGACGUACGCAGACAUCGACAUGACGCCCGGGACCUGGAAGCGCAUCGUUCUUGGCGCGAUCAUCCUGGCCAGCAAGGUGUGGGAUGACCAGGCGGUGUGGAAUGUUGAUUACUGCCAGAUCCUUAAAGACACCUCCGUCGAUGACAUGAAUGAGCUGGAGCGUCAGUACCUGGUGAUGAUCCAGUUCAACAUCAACGUGCCGUCGUCGGUGUAUGCCAAGUACUACUUCAGCCUGCGCACGCUGGCCGAGGCCAACGACCUCACCUUCCCCGCGGAGACGCUGAGCAAGGAGCGCGCCCAGAAGCUGGAGGCCAUGUCCCGCCAGUAUGAGGACAAGUACACCGCCCAGCUGGGCCGCAACGGCCACAAGAAGUGGAGCAGCCUGGACAACAUCCACGCCGCCUCGCGCCGCUCCGUGGCCAUCCUCUCGUGAUGGCCGCCGAGCCGGGUGCCGGGCGGGCCGUGGCGGUGGUGGUGCCGGUGCCAAAAGACUGCCUGCGCUGAGUGCCAGAGACAGCGCUUACCUCAGAUGCCCGCCAGGGCAGUGCCGCGCCGGGGCCGGGCAGGGAACACUCGUGUGGCCAGUGAUGUGCCGCCGCCGGCCUGGCCCGGGGCCAGCCGGCGGCCAGGAUGCUAAAGGCCCGGUGUCCCAGGACUUGUUUUUAUACUUAUUAAAUAUGUGCGUGUGGACAAGACAUGAGUGUGUGGUGGACGGCGGCCGCCAGGAAACAGUGCUGUGAUGGCCGCCGCCGCCGCCGCUGCGGCCCAGUGUUGUGGGCCAAGCGGCCAGUCAGUGGUCCUGCCCCCACCCCUCCCAGCGAUGGCGGUGGUGGUGACACACACACACACACACACACACACACACACACACACACACACACACACACACACACACACACACACACACUCCCUGGCCACCACCAAUCCACACAUCAUUAUAGGGAGGCAGGGGGUGGGGGGGGGCAGCCUGGCCACACCCUACACACCCUUCCCUUGGCCAUGCCCUCGGCCACCCCGGCCAACACACAGAACUGGCCAACGUGUGUGUGUGUGUGUGUCUGUGUGAGAGUGUAGCCAAAUUUUGAUUCCAUGAAGAUUUGGAGGAGAGAAAGGUGUGUCUGCUACCCUCCCCCCCUCCCCCUCCCCUAGGUGGGGCCGCCUCACACAUUAGCAAUAACAGUGGUGACGUGGAGCAAGACACAACCACCACCACCACCACCACCACCAUCACCCUCACCUCCAUCCACCACCACCACAAUUUUUUUUACUAGGUUCCACAUGUAUGGCAGACCUAACACACACACACACACACACACACACACACACACACACACGCGGGAGGUAAUGGACAAUGCUCUGGCUCAUUCCCCCAUCCUCCUCUCCUUCGGUCUAGUUCAUUAAGUAAUCUCAGUAUAUAUCACCCUUACAUGCGCUCCCAUGCACUUACGAGAACGUUUACAAGUGCCGUUCCGUGCUGUUUCGUAUAUGACUCGGUGCGUUUCGUAUGUGACUUUCGUAUAU